AUGGGGCCCCCCAGGAGACCUGCCAGGGGUGUCGGGGCCCUCAGGGGCUCUGCCAGGGGCAAUGGCAUCCCCAGGGGCCCUCCAGAGGACAGUGGCGCCCCCAGGAGAGCUGACUGCCCCAAGGGCCCUGCUAGGGGCGGUGGCGCUCCCAGAGACCAUUACAGGGACAGCAGCGUCCCCCAGGGACCCUCCCAAGGACAACGGCUCCCCCAGGGACCCUACCAAGCGUGGCAGCGCUCCCAGGGUCCCUACCAAGGGACAGCAACGCCCCCAACGGCCCUCCCAGGGUCGGCGGCGCACCCAGGAGUCAUGCCAGGGGCGGAGGCUCCACCAGGGGCCUUGCCGGAGGCGGUGGGGAUCCCAGGGGCCCUCUCAGGGGUGUUGGUACCCCCAGGGGCCCAAUCAGGGGCGGUGGCGCUAAUAGGGUCCCGCAAGGGACCAUUCCCAGGGGCAGCUGUAUCCAGGGACCCUCCCAAGGACGGCGGAGCCCCCAUAGACCCUCCCGGGGGCGCCGGCGCACCCAUGGGCCCUUCCAUGGGCGUCGGAGCCGAUAGGGCCUCUCCUAGGGACCUCCGCGCCGCCAUGGACUAUCCCAGAGGUCGUAGCGCCCCUAGGGACCCUCCCAGGGCCGGACGAGCCCCCAGAGACCCUUCCAAGGACGCCGGCGCCCACAGGGACACUCCCAGAGACCCUCCUAAAUGCGGAGGCGCCCGUAGGGACGCUCACAAAGAACCUCGGCGCCCAUAG